AUGCGCGGCGCGGACGCGGACGCGGAGGUCGCGGCCGCGGCCGCGACGGCGACGCGCGCGAACGACGCGCGCGGCGGUCGCGCGGAGGACGCGAACGACGACGACGACGACGACGACGGAAGGGGGUCCCCGGUCGACAGCUUGGGAUCCGAGGACGGAGGCGCGCAUCGCGACGACGCGCGUCGCGAGGCGAAGACGGGAGGAGACGCGCGGCGCGAUGUCGCGGUUUCCGCGGCGGCGGCGACGACGACGACGACGACGACGACGCGAGGCGACGACGACGACGACGACGACGACGACGACGACGACGAAGUCCUUAAGGAACGGCGUUCACCACGCGAACGCGGUCGUAUGGGAACCAGUCACGACGCGGUGGACCGAAGCUUCGACGCGGAACGAACGAUCCCCCCGGCGUUGGAGUCCAUCCUUCUGGACGUCGCGCACGAGGAGGAGGAUUCGGAAGAGGAAGAGGAAGAGGAAGAGGACGCCGCCGUCGGGCCCUCGUCGUGGGACCCUCACGCGGCCGGGUUCGGACUCCCUCUGACGACGCCGCGCGCGUCGAUGCGAAUGACGUCGAUGCCCCGCGCGAAAGUUCUCGACUCCGCCGCCGUCGCUCGCGCGUGCGGCGCGCGCGCCGCCUCCUCCUCCUCCUCCCUCCGCGACUGCGUCCACGCGACGCUUCGCGGGAAGGGCUUCCGCGACGUCGACGUCGCGUCCGUCGAAACCGACGACGACGGAGCGUUACCGGAGGUGCUGCGGGUCCUGGACGUGAGCGAUAACCACCUCGCCGACCUCGGCGCGUUGGCCGGGUUGUCGGCGCUGACGCAUCUCGUCGCGCCGUGCAACGCCGUCGCCGUCGCGUCGUUGCCGACGCCGACGUCGUAUUCGACGGUUCAUAUUCCGCCGUUCGCGUCGCUUCGCGUCCUGGACGUGUCGUUCAACCGCUUGGACUGUAGGUGCUUCGAGCCGCUCUCGACGAUCGCGACGUUGAGAAGCUUGAACCUGAGCGGGAACGCGAUCUCGAAGGCGCGUUCUAUCAUGUUUACACUGGUCCCCAUACGACCGCGUCGGCGUGGUGAACGCCGAUCCUUAAGGACUUUAUUAUCUCCCGCCGCAUCGCUCCGCCCAGGGUCCCUGGGUUUCAAUCCCGACACACCUCGACACCUUUCAACUCCGCUUCUGACGCCUUUCAACUCCACCCCGAUCUCGAAGGUGCCGCGGGACGGGCUCUUCGGCGGCGCGACGGCGGACGCGAAGAACGCGACGCGCGGACGCCGUCGCGCGUACGACGACUGCGAGGACGAGGAGGCGUUUGAUGACGUGGCGUCGUUUGAUGACGUGGACGAAUCACGGCCGAUCGCGUCGCUUCAGAUUCCGUUUCCGAAUCUGAAGCACCUGGACCUGAGCGCGCAGACGCCGCGGCUGACGUCGAGGACGUUUCAUCCGCGCGCGUUGGCGACGCUUCCUCGACUCGAGACGCUGUCGCUCGCGCGGAAUAAGCUGUCGCGCCCGGGCGUCGUCGAGCGACACCCGGACGAGGACGAACACGACGACGGGGAAGGGGGUGCCACGUGGCGCGAUACCGAAGACGAAGGUGCCACGUGGAGCGAUCCCAGACGCGCGGCGGCGGCGGGGAGUGCCACGUCGACACGUGGCACCUUCCCCGCGUUGCGUCUCUUGGACGUCGCCGGGAACGACAUUCGCGACGCGCGCGCGUUCGCCCCCCUUCUCUCCGCGGCUUCGUUCCCCUCGCUCGUGGACGUCCGCGCGCACGCGAACCCGUGCGCGGAGGCGAUGCUCUCAUUCGCGCUUCGCGGGACGGGGAUCGGGCCGGGACGGAUCGCGGCGGCGGCGGCGGGGAGGGGCUUCGACGCGCGAGCGAUGCGCGCCGCGUUGGCGAAGGCGCGCGGGACGACUUUGAGGUGCGUUCUAUACACUGGUUCCCAUACGACCGCGUUCGCGUGGUGA